AUGUCCCGACCCAUCAUCAUUUCUGGGCCUUCAGGCGUCGGCAAAGGAACCCUAGUUCGAAAGCUCUCCUACGCACACCCCAAUACAUUCGGAUCAACUGUUUCCCACACGACGCGCCAGCCGCGGGCCGGCGAAGUCGAGGGCCUAAGCUACUACUUUGUCUCCCAGUCCGAGUUUUCCUCUCUCGUCUCCAAGAACGCCUUUGCAGAACACGCGUUUUUCGGUGGCCACUUGUACGGAACUAGCAAGCAGACCAUUACAGACCAGAAGACGGAUGGAUUAGUGGCCGUACUAGACAUCGAGAUGGAAGGCGUCAAGCAGAUGAAGGCCGACCUGGGCAUUGAUGCUCGCUACGUCUUUGUCAAGCCGCCAAGCUUCGAGGAGCUCGAGCUGCGACGCAGGCGCCGCGGCACAGAGAAUGAGGAGGACAUCAAGAAGUGGCUGGCCCGGGCCAGAGCUGAGGUUGAAAAGACGGCCCGACGGGACCGGGAAGCUCUCCUCUACGCCGCCCAGAAGAAGAAUGCACCAGGAGUUACUGGCCUGGAUCUGUGA